CGCGCAGAUUCGCGCAGACCAGGAAGCGGAUCCCGUGGAAUGACGGUCACGCCGCGGCGGGCGGAUUGACUUCUAAAGACUCUUGGAACGUGAGGAAGAAACCCAGAAGAGGAAGAGGAAAGCAAAGGAGUCAGGGAUGGCUCUUCCUCAGGGUCUAUUGACAUUCAGUGACGUGGCCAUAGAAUUCUCUCAGGAGGAGUGGAAAUGCCUGGACCCUGCUCAGAGGACUCUAUACAGGGAUGUGAUGUUGGAGAAUUAUAGGAACCUGGUCUCCCUGGAGUUUCGGUCUGUCACCCAGGCUAAAGUGCAGUGGUGUCACCUCAGCUCACUGCAACCUCCACUUCCCAGGUUCAAGCAAUUCUCCUGCCUCAGCCUUCCAAGUAGCUGGGACUACAGAUAUCUCUUCCAAAUGCAUGAUGAAGACAUUCUUCUCAACAGGGCAAGGCAAUACAGAAGUGUUCCACACAGGGACAUUGCAAAGACAAGCAAGUCAUCACAUUGGAGAUUUUUGCUUCCAGAAAAUUGAGAAAGACAUUCAUGGCUUCCAGUUUCAGUGGAAAGAAGAUGAAACAAAUGGCCAUGCAGCACCCAUGACAGAAAUCAAAGAGUUGACUGGUAGUACAGACCGACAUGAUCAAAGGCAUGCUGGAAACAAGCGUAUUAAAGAUCAGCUUGGAUCAAGCUUUCAUUCGCAUCUGCCUGAACUCCACAUAUUUCAGCCUGAAGGGAAAAUUGGUAAUCAAGUUGAGAAGUCUAUCAACAGUGCUUCCUCAGUUUCAGCAUCCCAAAGAAUUUGUUGUAGGCCCAAAACCCAUAUUUCUAAUAAGUAUGGAAAUAAUUCCCUGCAUUCUUCAUUACUCACACAAAAACGGAAUGUACACAUGAGAGAAAAAUCUUUCCAAUGUAUUGAGAGUGGCAAAUCCUUUAAUUGUAGCUCACUUUUAAAAAAACAUCAGAUAACCCACUUAGAAGAGAAACAAUGUAAAUGUGAUGUAUAUGGCAAGGUAUUUAAUCAGAAGCGAUACCUUGCAUGCCAUCGUAGAUCUCACAUUGAUGAGAAACCUUACAAGUGUAAUGAGUGUGGCAAGAUCUUUGGUCACAAUACAUCCCUCUUCCUUCACAAGGCGCUUCAUACUGCAGACAAACCUUAUGAAUGUGAAGAAUGUGACAAAGUUUUCAGUCGCAAAUCACACGUUGAAACACAUAAGAUAAUUUAUACUGGAGGGAAACCAUACAAAUGUAAGGUUUGUGACAAAGCUUUCACAUGUAAUUCAUACCUAGCAAAACAUACUAUAAUUCACACUGGAGAGAAACCUUACAAGUGUAAUGAAUGUGGCAAGGUUUUUAAUCGACUGUCAACCCUUGCACGCCAUUGUAGGCUUCAUACUGGAGAGAAACCUUAUGAAUGUGAAGAAUGUGAAAAAGUUUUCAGUCGCAAAUCACAUCUUGAAAGACAUAAGAGGAUUCAUACUGGAGAGAAACCAUACAAAUGUAAGGUUUGUGACAAGGCUUUUGCAUAUAAUUCAUACCUGGCAAAACAUAGUAUAAUUCACACUGGAGAGAAACCUUACAAGUGUAAUGAGUGUGGCAAGGUUUUUAAUCAACAAUCAACUCUUGCACGCCAUCAUAGACUUCAUACUGCAGAGAAACCGUACAAAUGUGAAGAAUGUGACAAAGUUUUCAGGUGCAAAUCACACCUUGAAAGACAUAGGAGGAUUCAUACUGGAGAGAAACCAUACAAAUGUAAGGUUUGUGACAAGGCUUUCCGGAGUGAUUCAUGCCUUACAGAACAUCAGAGAGUUCAUACUGGAGAGAAACCAUACAUGUGUAAUGAAUGUGGCAAGGUUUUUAGUACAAAAGCAAACCUUGCGUGUCAUCAUAAACUUCAUACUGCAGAGAAACCGUACAAAUGUGAAGAAUGUGAGAAAGUUUUCAGUCGCAAAUCACACAUGGAAAGACAUAGGAGGAUUCAUACUGGAGAGAAACCGUACAAAUGUAAGGUUUGUGACAAGGCUUUUCGGAGGGAUUCACACCUGGCACAACAUCAGAGAGUUCAUACUGGAGAGAAACCUUACAAGUGUAAUGAGUGUGGCAAGACCUUCCGUCAGACAUCAUCGCUUAUAAUCCAUCGUAGGCUUCACACUGGAGAGAAACCUUACAAGUGUAAUGAGUGUGGCAAGACCUUCAGUCAGAUGUCAUCCCUCGUAUACCAUCAUAGGCUUCAUAGUGGAGAGAAACCUUACAAGUGUAAUGAAUGUGGCAAGGUUUUUAAUCAACAAGCACACCUUGCACAGCAUCAGAGAGUUCAUACUGGAGAGAAACCUUACAAGUGUAAUGAGUGUGGCAAGACCUUCAGUCAGAUGUCAAACCUUGUAUACCAUCAUAGACUUCAUAGUGGAGAGAAACCUUAAAAGUGUAAUGAGUGUGGCAACACCUUCCAUCACAAUUCAACCCUUGUAAGUCAUAGAAUUCAUACUGCAGAGAAACUUUACAAAUAGGAAGAAUGUGACAAAGUUUUUGGUUGCAAAUCAAACCUUGAAACACAUAAGAAAAUGCAUACUGAAGAGAAACCACACAGAUAUAAGGUUUAUGACAAGAUUUUUGAAUAUAAUUCAUACCUGGCAAAACAUAUUAGAAUUCAAACUGGAGAGAAACCUUACAAAUGUGAUGAGUGUGGCAACACCUUUGGUCAAAAUUCACACCUUGUAAUUCAAAAGGCAAUUCGUACUGGAGAGAAACCUUACAAGUGUAAUGAAUGUGGCAUAGUUUUUAAUCAACAGUCACACCUUGCAAGUCAUCAUAGUCUUCAUACUGCAGAGAAAUCUUACAAAUGUGAAGACUGUGACAAAGUUGUCAGUCACAAAUCACAGCUUGAAAGACUGGAGAAUUCGUACUGGAGAAAAACCAUACAAACGUAAGGUUUGUAACAAGGCUUUUGGGAGUGAUUCACAUGUGGCACACCAUACUAGAAUUCACACUGGAGAGAAACCUUACAAGUGCAAUGAGUGUGGCAAAGUCUUUAGUGGGCAGUCACCACUUAUUCACUAUCAAGCAAUCCAUAGUAUAGGGAAACUUGACUAAUGUAAUGGUUGUCACAAAGUUUUCAGUAAUGCUACAACCAUUGCAAAUCAUUGGAGAAUCCAUAAUGAGAGAUCUUACAAAUGUAAUAAAUGUGACAAAUUUUUCAGAUAUCGUUCAUAUAUUGCUAUUCAUCAUCAAACUCAUGCUGGAGAGAAACCUUAUAAAUGUCAUGAUUGUGGCAAGGUCUUCAGUCAAGUUUCAUCCUAUGCAAAACAUAGGAGGAUUCAUACAGGAGAGAAACUCACAAGUGUGAUGAUUGUGGCAAAGCCUUUGCUUCAUAUUCACACCUCAGUAGACAUCAGAGAAUCCAUGCUGGACAGAAAUCUUGCAAAUGUCAUCAGUGUGGUAAGGUCUUCAGUCUGAGAUCACUCCUUGCAGACCAUCAGACAAUUCCUUUUGGAGACAGUUGUUUCAAAUGCCAUUAGUAUAGCAAGCCAUCAAGCAUUAAUUGACAUUACAGUCAAAUGAGCACUGACCUGAGUUUGAGUUGACUUAACAUUGAGUUUAAGCAUUAAUUGACAUUAAACUGUUUAUGUUAAGAGGACUGGGCUGGGCACUGUGGCUCACGCCUGUAAUGCCAGCACUUUGAGAGGCCAAGACUGGUAGGUCACUGGAGGUUAAGAGUUUGAGAACAGCCUGGCCAACAGACGGGAGCCACUUUUCCCAGCCUGUGUUUUCAUUUCUAUUCUUUCUUUCUUUUUUCUUUUUUUUUGUUUUGGUUUUUGAGAUGGAGUCUCUUGCUCUGUCAUCCAGGUUGGAGUGCAGUGGCAUGAUCUCGGCUCACUACAACCUCCGCCUCCCAGGUUCAAGCGAUCCUCCUGCCUCAGUCUCCCGAGUAGCUGGGACUACAGGUGCGUGCACCACACCUGGAUAAUUUUUUGUAUUUUUAGUAGAGACUGGGUUUCACCGUGUUAGCCUGGAUGGUCUCGAUUUUCUGAUCUUAUGAUUCACCCACCUCCACCUCCCGAAGUGCUGAGAUUAUGGGUGUGAGCCACCGCGACUGGCCUGUUUUUUGUUUCUUUAACAAAAAGUUAUGGGGAUUUCUAUGAGUAUUGUGUUGAAUCUAAAUCACAUUUGGUUAUAUAAUCGAGCAAUACUAAUUUUUCCAAUCAAUAUGGAUUGUAUGUGUAUUUAUAUGUUUUUAAUCAUUUUGAUCAAUGUUUGUAGAUUUCAAGGUACAAACUUCUCACCUUUAUAUGUUUAUUCCUAAAUAUUUCUUACUUUAAGCUCUUUAGCAAGUGGAAGUGGUUUUUAAUUUUAUUUUAAAAUUAUUUAAUGUUAAUGUAUGGAAAUUCAACUAAUUUUUGGUGCUAUUAUUCUAUUCUGCAAAUACACUGAAUAUGUUUAUUAGUUCCAGUUGUAUUUUGGUUGACUGUGAUUUUCUUCACAGAUCAUGUAAUCUACAAACAAAUAAAAUUUGACUUCUUUCUUUCUGA